CCCUACCAUAUCCUCUCCUCCGUCCUUAUUUAAAGUCUCACCAUCAUCAAAAAACACAAAGAUAUAGAUUGAGAGAGAUGAAGAACAUGAAAGGAGAAGUGGUGCUGAAUCUCCCAGCUGAAACAGCAUGGGAGAUGUUUAGAAACAAUCAAAUCAUAAGCAAAAUCAACCCUGAAAUGCUUGCUCAUGCUGAAUAUAUACAAGGAGAUGGCAGCCCCGGAAGCCUUAGGCUUUUCAAGCUUGGCCCUGCUGUGCAGAGCUAUGUGAAAGAAUCAACCCAGAAAAUAGAGAAGGUGGAGAGUGGAAAAUCAGUGACAUAUCUUGUAGUAGAAGGGGACUUAAAGAGUAUGUAUGAUCCUUACAGAGUGACUUUCUCGUUCAUUCCAAUGACAGGGAAGGAAAAGGAGAUGUGUAAAGCUGAAUGGGAAGUUGAAUUUGAGCCACUGACACCAGCAACACCUCCACCAGACAAGGCUAGGGACGCUGCCCUUGGAUUUCUCAAGUCCUUCGACAAGUUUCAGCUAAGCUACUAAUUAACCUCUGCAUCAAUGGUGUGUAAAAUAUUAAAUUAAGCAGUGAGUGUGUGCAUGUUUGUAUCAACGUGUCGCCAUAAAGCCGUACUCUCUCUCUCUCCAUCAAUAUCAUAUGCAUGUACGUGUAUCCUACUAUUGUAUUGAUAUAAGCUACGGUAUGUGUGCUCAUUA